AUGCGUGCUGGCCCAUACAAUGGCUUUCGGGAGAUAGCUGAUGUGUCAAUCCAGUCUUUUCAUGGUCCCAGACAAGUUUGGUACCAAUUUAUCGACCCCGGAGGGAUGAAAGGUUCGGUUGGCAAUGGAGCGGUUUUGAACCAUCGAUCGUGCGGCCCUGGCGGACCUCUUACCGACUGGGCCACACCUGCCCCAGUACCAGACCAAGGCGACACACGCACGACUCGCCAUGGAGACUGUCCCAGAUUGUGUACUCACAGCGUGUCAACAGUGUCCACAGACGCAGACCUAAAUGCCCUUCUCGGAUCUGAAGAGCGUAUCAAAUUCCACGCGAUUGCUCUGCUAGAGAUCAGGAGCAGAAGAAGCGAUAUGGAUGACGGUGAACGGCACGUCGAGGAGGACUCAAGCGGGAACUACGACAAGCUCGCAGAGGACUGGGAGCUUGUGUUAAACGUGACCGCCAAGGAGUUGUUGGAAAGAAGAAAGAAAUUGAGGCUUGAUCCGAAUCCACUGCACAUUGAGCGAAUGGAAGAAUCCCAGAACAGUAGGACACCUCGAGGACCAUUCUUAACCAUAGAAAAUGUGACCGAGAGGACCUUCGACCAUAUCAAACUACCGUAUGAUAUGCUGCAAGGUGCAUAG